AUCCCUAUUUUAUUGUCUUUCAAGCUCUGUCUGUGUGGUCUACACUCCUCUCUCCAUUUCCAUUCAUUAAGAACCUCACAAAAACAAAAGUACCUCUCUCUCUCUCUCGCACACGCGCACACACACACACACACAAUCACAUAAAAAGUUAAAACCCCACACACACUCCAAACACAGCCUUUGGGAUGAUGAACGACCGAAUAAUGGCUUCAACGAGGCAGGAAUCAGAGGAAGAGCAAGAAGAUGAACAAAUCAGAGAGAUCCAUGCUUUGACCCCACCUCGUCCUCCACCGCCACGUGGCCGUCGAAGAGAAGCGUGGGAAACACACAGUCACAGGUCAUCCUCUCUCUCCAUGGCUAGCACAGAAAGCGAGAACUUCACGAGCAUGAGCAGAGAAUUCAGCGCUCUCGUCCUAGCAGGCUCAACUAUUGACCACAACAACAUAAGUCCUAUGAUCAACAACACCCACGACAAUGAAAGAAACAACAACAUAAACAAUAACCACAACUUGGGAAGGAUCAGAGAAGAGGAGUUGAUGGAAGAGACCAACCCUUUGGCGAUCGUCCCAGAUAAUCACCCCUUGGGCCAUGUUCCAUCUCAAGGAAUAAUGGGUGCUACACGUGGCAAUGGUCAAGGUCAAGGUCAAGGUGGCGGUGAGGAACAAGUGUCGGUGCAGAGGGUGAAGAAGGAGGAGGUUGACGCUAAGAUAUCAGCAUGGCAAAACGCUAAGGUUGCUAAGAUUAAUAACAGGUUCAAGAGAGAAGAUGCUGUCAUCAAUGGGUGGGAGAGUGAGCAGGUUCAGAAAGCAACUUCUUGGAUGAAGAAAGUUGAGAGGAAGCUGGAGGAGAAAAGAGCAAGAGCACUGGAGAAAAUGCAAAAUGAGAUAGCAAAAGCUCAUAGAAAAGCAGAGGAUAGAAAAGCAUCAGCAGAGGCAAAAAGAGGAACUAAAGUGGCAAGGGUUCUUGAAAUUGCUAGCCUUAUGAGAGCAGUUGGAAGAGCUCCAGCCAAAAAAUCCUUCUUUAAAGCUGUCUAAUAUUUUAUAUUUUCAAAAACACAAUCUAAGGUAUACCAAAAGGGAAAAAAAUUGAGAGAAUAUUUAUUAUGGGUAUAAUAGAUGCCAUAGUCUAUAAGAGCCCCUUUUCCUUUUUAAAUUAGCUAAAGGGUGCGAGGGAUUGCAGUGAGCAGCACUAAAAAAAUUGGAGACGUGUGUUAUAUGAAAACCAAUUGGAGUGUUUUUAAGUGAUUGAUUACAGUGUAUGAAUGUGUUGAGUGGUGACAUGCUCAUUUGAUUGUGCUGGUUAAACACUUUUGUGUUUUGUACAUUAAAUAUAUAUUUUGCUUCUU